AUGCCUCCGAAAACCAGGGGAAGACCGAAGGGGAAAGGAAAAGCGCCGAGUCAGAAUGUUGUCCCAGAUGUAUAUCGGGAUAUGCUGGCAGAAGCCAUACCUGACCAGUUGGAAGUCCUCGAGAGACCUUUGAAGAGGCGAAGAGUUGGUCUUCGAGGUGCUGCAGUUACUGGAUUAGAAGCCGGGAUGCCCAAACCUUCUGUGGCAAAGUCACAUGACGAAGACGAAGAUAUGGAAUUUGAGGAUGUUAUCACGGCAGCAAAGAGUCUCGAAGGUGAGAGCUCAGAUGAGGAUAGCAGACUUCAACAAACGGCAUAUAGAGACUCUGAUGAAAAGUCGUCGGGAAGCGACGCAGAUAUCGAAAUCGACUGGGAUAACAUCAACUUUAACACGAAAGAUGAUGAACCCCCAGGCGAUCUAGAAUUGACCCUCACGAGACCAGUGCCUCAACGUCAAGUCACCACCCCUAGACGUAAAGCUCUUACUCAAGGGGAUAAAUUACUCCGAUUGGAGACCCACAAAUUACAUCUCUUAUGUUUACUAUCACAUGUUGAUAGGAGAAAUGAAUGGUGUAACGAUUCCGUUGUUCAGGAUUCGCUCAGACCACUUUUGAAUAAGAAGAUGUUGUCAUUUUUGAGACCGAGGGAGGAUUUGUCGCAGUUUAGCCAGGCGAAUUCGUUGAAGAGGGGCUUGGAGAUGGCGGCUGUUAUGUGGAGAACGAAAUUUCAGAUUACGAAAAGGGGAAUGAGGAGAGCGCUGUGGGCGGAUGACGAGGAAGAUAUCAAAAACUACAAAUUACCUGAGGAUGCAGAUGCUUCAUAUGAAAAAACGGAUUUUAGGAAGGCGGCAACGGAGCUAAAAGGGUCUAGAGAUGUAGGAGCACAGCUAUUCUGUGCAUUAUUGAGAAGCGCAGAUAUUGAAACCCGUCUAGUUUGCUCUCUCCAACCUCUAUCCUUUACCACCGGCGGACUAUCUAUGCCCAAACCCCCGAAACCCAAAACCAAAUCAAUUACUCAACCUCCAACCGUCCCUCCACCCAGUUCCAGCACCUCAACCCUCCUCUCCAAUCCCCGCAGCCGUCUCGGACAUCCCGGAGCCUCCGCUUAUCACCUCCCCGCCAUCACCCCUGCGCCACUACCACCACCACCUCCCAAAGCAAAGCCCAUCCGCGAAUCCCCCUUCCCCAUCUUCUGGCUCGAAGUCCUCGACUCAGCGCACCAGAAAUGGGUUUCCGUCGACCCUCUCGUAACCGAAACCGUUUCCAAACCUCGCUCCUUUGAACCACCUCUCACAGAUAAAGAAAAUGCCCUCUCCUACACUAUAGCAUUCUCCUCCGAUUCCUCCGCCCGUGACGUAACUCGUCGUUAUGCCAAAGCUCCCAAUUCCAAAACCCGCAAGCAACGCGUCGAAUCAGUGUCUGGGGGACAAAAAUGGUGGAGCAAAGUCCUACGCCAUUACUCCCGUGGCUGGAAGACGGACGUGGAACAAAUCGAAGAUGGGGAGUUAGCAGCGCUUGAAGCGAGAGAACCAAUGCCAAAGAAUGUGCAGGAUUUUAAAGACCAUCCGGUUUACGCACUUGAGCGUCAUUUACGUAGGAAUGAAGUUAUUGUUGCGGAAAGAGAAAGCGGGAAAGUCGCCACGGGGAAUGCAAGCGCGGGUCCUGCGAGCACGAAGAAAUUAGAAAAUGUAUAUCGGCGGAAAGAUGUAAGGGUGUGCAAAGGCGCAGAUGCAUGGUAUCGACUUGGACGAGAACUGAAAAUGGGCGAGCAGCCUGCCAAAGUCGUUCCCUCUCGGAACACAAGAAAGAUUGACGAUUAUGCCGAUGAAGAAGAAAGAGAAGAAAGAGCAGGCACAAACCUCUACACGGAAUCUCAAACCGAAUUCUUUAUCCCACCUCCCAUCGUCAAUGGUCGAGUUCCUAAAAACUCGUUCGGUAAUAUAGAUAUAUACGUUCCAUCGAUGAUCCCCAAAGGCGGCAUCCAUAUUCUAGCGCCAGAAUCGAUGUAUGCGGCGAAAUUACUGGGGAUAGAUUUUGCGGCUGCGUUGACGGGGUUUGAGUUUAGGGGUAGGAAUGGGACGGCGGUUCUUAGGGGGGUGGUGGUAGCGAGGGAGUAUGGGGAGGCAGUUGAGGCGGUUGUGGAGGGGGUAAGGGAGGAGAGGGAGAGGGAGGUGGAGGAGGAGAGGAGUGAAAGGCUUGUGGGGAUGUGGAGGAGGUGGUUGGUGAGGUUGAGGGUUAGGGAGACGGUGGAUGGUUAUAUUGUUGAAGGGGAAGGGGGCGGAGAGGAGGAGAAAGAAGUGGAGAUGAGUGAAGAGGGCGCGGAUCAUGUUGAGGAUGAGGGCGAAGGGGAAGUGGAAGCGGAAGAGGGUGGAUUCGCCAGAGAGGAUGAGGAUGCGGUUGUGGAGGAAGAAGGCGGGUUUAUGAAAGACGAUGAGAUUAUGGAGAGUGAGGAAAGUGAGUUGAGCGAUACAUAUACAGAUGAUGAUUAUGACGAUGACAUGGGUGGUGGAUUUAUACCAGAGUAG